AUGGCUUCACUUUAUUCACAUACCUUCUUUAUCAUACUUCUUCUCCAUCAUUUCCUUCAUCCAGCUUCAAGCGCAAUUCAUCAACCAAGGGAAUUGUUAUAUGAAGAGAAAAACAAGCUAGGUUCAAUUCCCCCAAGCUGUCACAGCAAAUGCAACGAGUGUCAUCCAUGCAUGGCAGUUCAAGUUCCGUCUUUACCAAACCCUUCUCAUCUCACCAAAACUUCUUCCAUGAAAAAAUGGCUCACUCCAUCUUUACAAGGUACUAAUAACAGAUAUUCAAAUUACAAACCAUUAGGAUGGAAAUGUCAUUGUGGUGACCACUUCUUCAACCCAUAA